GUGAAAGGACGUUUGACUGUUAUGCAUUCAAAGUCCUACCCCAAGUUUCAGUUUCCGGAAUACAUCUACUUGCGGAUUUCUAACUUUAUUUGGUUGAAUUUCAUCGCUUGGCAAACUCGUUUUGGUUGAGUAUAUUGCCACUGCAGAACUUUCCUACACUUGUUUUCGCGCGGCUGCAACAGCAUAUCUACGGGCUAAAGAAAUCUACGGAUAAUCUUCACUUCAGUAAUGCCCCACGGUAGUUAUCGUAACAGAUCAGGCCAUUACAGAUGGAGAAACUAUGGGGAGGAUGAUCGACGUGUCGAUAUCACUGAGGAAUAUUUACGACGUCGUGAUCAUGGAGGAAAGUUUGGCAGUCGGAAAUCAGCGGCCUCUGGUAACAAUAUGGAUAUUAUAAAGCGUGCCAUGAGCAUGAGUCUAAUCAGUGGGUCAGGAGCUUCUGGAGUUACGGCUCAAAAUAGUGGCCUGGCUGCGGGAGAAGUGUGGGUCAGGAUAACGAUUGUCCACGGUGCUAAUCGCUCAAUGAUCGACCUCCAGGAGCUGAUCAGUGCCAUUGUCGGGACGCAGUUACGUUUCUAUAAUGCAUAUGUGGAGGGGAAAAAUGCGUUGAUGUAUGCCAAAAUUAGACAAAAAGAGGUAAGCAACUACCGCAAAUCUUUGCAGAAUACACGAAAUCCCCAUGAAGCUUCACAGUUGAUAACCGACGUAACAAUCGUUCCCGAACCACGAGUUCCUUGCAUAAGUGGUAAAAUUUCGGGUCCCGAAUCACUAAAUAGUACUUCUUUACCGGAAACUUGGGUUGAAGCCUUAAAACAGUGCUUCGUGCAGCGCUAUCAACCUAAUACGCGUAGUCUGGAUCUUUCUUCAUUGCAUACAGAUCCUGCUCUUCUAAGUCAAGGCCUGUAUUUGCCUCUGAACAAACAGGUUGUGGUUCACGCUUUGAUCGCUAUUUUAAAACAAAAUCAAGCACAGCUUGCUGUUCUCAACCUAUCAAGUAAUCGCUUGACUCAUUUGAAUGCUUUCUCUCCUUUAUCUUCUACGAGUGUGGGAUGCAUUCCUGUAUCAAUUGAGCGUAUAGAUCUCAGUUCAAAUCCCAUAAAUGGCAUACCCCUUCUUUCCGGUCUUCGGGAUGUUGCUGGCUUAGUCGAACUGGACCUUGCAGACACUCCAUUGUCGACAAAAUUCCAUCCAAAUGAUCGGUCAUUUGCAGAUAAAUUACACAAAAUCUUGCCAACUAUCAAACGUGUGAAUGGAGAAGAUUUACCUCAGACUGUACAGUUCGCUAUUGAGCAAAGUUCUGAUUCUUUGACAAAACGACCGCAACCCAAACCUCUCCCUCAAUCUAUAUUAGGAUAUUUCCCAAGUGAUGAAGUAAAAAUAGCUUUGCUGAGCUUUUUGAAACUUUAUCUCAAUCGCUAUGAUACACAACCUCGUGGGGAAAACCUCUUACCUUAUUAUACAACUGUAUCUCAACUCGCUUUUUCCGUUUCUCCGGAAUCUCGUGUUCCAAAUGCACAAAAUGUAUCAUUUACCGCGCGUGUUGAGUCAACAGAUAAAUCUGGUCGCCCAACCACAGCAUAUCUGACAACAUCUCGAUUAACACAGGCUUACUUUUCGAAAAGUCGCAAUCUUCUUCGCUGCCGAGACCAAACUAGGAGGCGUGAUAUGAUUGUUCGCGGUAGUUUAGCGAUUGCCUCUUUUUUGGAUGAACUACCGGCUACGGAACAUCAAUUAGAAUCCUUAUCUGUGGAUGUUGCCUUUCAUUCGACAACUCAAAUGUUAUUCACCAUGAGCGGCGUUUUUUAUGAGGUCUUACCAGUUGGUUCGUCUACUAAUAGUUCAAAUAUACCUGAGAAGUCAGUUCGCAAAGUCCUACGAUGCUUUACACGGACUAUGAUACUGGUUGCUCCUGGUGGUCACGUAGUACAAGAUGAUUAUAUUGUGUCAAACCCAAGUAUAACAUUGUGUAAAAAAUAUAUUACUGAAAUGGCUGCUAAAUCCAGACAACCAAAUGAAGUUCCCGAACAGCAAUUACUGGCACCUAGUGUAUCUACUCCUGACGUUAACGAAGCUAUAGUAACUGAAUUCAGUCAACGUACUGGCAUGAACAUUCCUUAUUCAAAAAAGUGCUUAGAAGAAUUCCAAUGGGACGCCAAUGCUGCAUUUAAUGCCUUUGAAAUUAUGAGCGCAGCUGGCCAAAUACCUUCUGAAGCAUUUAUUGCAUAACUAAUAACUAAUUUUCAGUCUGUGCAAUGUAUAUAUGUCUGUGUUAUCUUGGUGCGUUCAUCUUUUCUGAUGUGUUGCAAUUUUUCAUCGGUUUAGUUAGAGAGCAUUACUCGUCAUGCUUUUUAUUUUAGCUGUGACUGUUCAUUAGAAUGUUGGCUUUCAUUUGACUUGAACUUUGUCUGUGUGUGUGUGUGUGUUACGCUCGUUCACCUAGCCCGUAGUAAAUAUGUACAUGUUGGGAAGGUAUUUUAUUAUAAAAAGGAAAAUUUCAAUAAAAAAAAGUGAAAAGCAUUCAUGGUGAUGAGUGUAAACCUAAAAAAGCCACCCAACAAAAAAAAAAUUGAACGGGUUAUCCAGUGAACUAGAGCGACGUAUGUUGUGUUUUGACUGUGGUCAAAUGUACACCAACUCUUGAUGCAUCACUCAGCUAAAAAAGGAGUAUGAGGAUGUAAUGCUCUACUACAACUGAACCGUUGACUGGUUGCUCCACCAUCUGGAUAUUUGUUUGCAGACAAAUAACACUCAUGUUUAUGACUAUUGCAUACAUUGACUUUUAGUUUUCCAUCUCUUUCUGACCACCGAAAAACGGAUUCUGUUACUGUCAUCGCCGUUAUUUUUCGGUCUUAUUAUCUUUAAAUUUUUAUGUACAGACUUGAAAGCCAAUAAAAUAGAGAAACUUAUUACCUGA